GGAGGGGGAGGAGGGGAGCUCAAUGAGAAACACUGCUGGAAGCCCGGCCCAGGCCAGCAACACAAACAACAGGACGUGACCUCACAGCUCCAGUAUAACAUCAUGGAGCAGAACAAGCUGAACAAGGACCACUACAGGGGCGGGGACAGCCCCAUGCCGGCCACCAUCCCCUACAGCCAGGCCCACGACGGCCACACUGGGGGCUCCUACCCCAGCUCGGACCGGGGCAGCAGCAGCACCUCUGGCAGUCAAGGUCAGAAGAAGGGAGUCCGCACCCCCAAACUGCCCAAACAGAGCAACAUGAACUGGGCCGACCUGCUGCCCCCGCCCCCUGCUAACCCCCCCCCCUGUCACACUACAGACGAGUACUCCCUGUGCAUGGACGAGAGCUAUGACCCGGACAUGCAGUGUCCCAUGCCCCCCUCUCGCAUGUACCUGCAACCAGACGAGCUGGAGGAGGAGGAGGAGAUGGAGAGGGGGCCCACCCCUCCGGUCCGGGGGGCUGCCUCCUCCCCAGCUGCCGUGUCCUACAGCCACCAGUCCACCGCCACCCUCACACCCUCCCCCCAGGAGGAGAUGCAGCCCAUGCUCCAGGACUCCUCGACCAGCCACGAGCGCAGACGGCAUGUGGGGAGCCCCCCUGUCCAGCCCCUGUCCCCCACCCACACGUACGGCUACAUCUCCAGCCCCUUGGCGCUGGACACGGACGGCAUGGAGGAGGAGGAGGAGAUGCUGGAGGAGGAGGAGGAGGAAGGGGACGAGACGGACGCCGAGGUGGCCAAAGUGCACCGCCACCGCCACCACCACCCCCACCACCCCCACUCCCAGCCCGCCCAGAUGCACCCGCGGAGGCUGCUGCUGCGGGGCCUGGAGCAGACGCCGGCCUCCAGCGUGGGCGACCUGGAGAGCUCCGUGACCGGCUCCAUGAUCAACGGCUGGGGCUCCGCCUCCGAGGAGGACAACGCCUCGUCGGGGCGCUCCAGCGCCGUCAGCUCCUCCGACGGCUCCUUCUUCACGGACGCCGACUUUGCCCAGGCGGUGGCGGCGGCGGCCGAGUACGCCGGCCUCAAGGUGGCCAAGUACCCCCCCACGCAGGGGCAGGAGCAAGAGGGGCCCCCAGGGAGGAAGUUCCAGAUGGGCUCUGCAGGCCACCGUCCGGGCAGCCCUGUGUCCACAGACAGCAACAUGAGCACGGCUAACAUGCAGAAGCGGCCUCCCAAGAGGCAGAAGCAGCCGCCUCCAGCCGGCCACCCGGCUCUCCAGAGACGUGACAACUACCCUGAAGGUAGCGUCAGCAGCACGUGUUCCAGCAUGACCACAGACCUCCCCCCUCCCCCCAUCCCUCCCCCAGCCGUGCUCAAGUCCCCCACGCACCCCUCCAAGGUGUCUCCAGAGGGCAGGGGGCUGCUGUCCCCCAAGACGGGCGAGGCCAGGGACAGGAGAGGGGGCUCUGGAGGAUAUCGACCACGAGAGGGCUCGGACCCCCGGACCAGCUCGUCAGAGCGCCGCGACGCUCAGGACAGACAGAAGACUCCUCGCGGAGGGAAAGGGAACAAACACGAAGGAAACCAUGGCAACAAGGCUCGCCCGCAUCCAGGUCCAGAAGACAUCCUGCCCUACAGCCGUCCCUCCUUUCCCUCGGUGAACAACCCCCGGGGAGACCGUGAGCCCAGCUCCUCCAGCUCCAUGUCCUCCAGGGGCUCCGGGGGCCGGCGGAGAGGGGAAGGGGGCCCAGGGGGGCGCCGGAACCCAGCUGAUAUGGGCCUCAACACCUCUGGAGGCUUCCAGCUUGAAGAGGGAGACCUCGAGAUGGUGGAGAGCUGAAGACCACCAUAGAAGAAAAAGAAAAAGAGUUACUGUCAAUAUUUUUCCCAACCGAGGACCGUCGAUGUUUCUCUGACAAUUUUAACACAGUAUCUCAUCAUCAAGUCCGCUGACCAAUACUCCACAUCCCUAGCGUUUCUUUACAUCUGAAAAACAGACCAGAUGUUUUUCUAAUUUACCAUUUUCUAUGUCCAUAUACAAAGAAGAAGAAGAAGAAGAAAAAAAAAGACUGGGGGAAGAAUGAAACAUUGUGAGGAAAGAGCUCAGUAGCUACACUAUGUUUGUGUUUUAUUCCAAUGCAAUAUGGAGUAAGAAAGUACUCCAGGUUUUCACAUGACUUGGCUUCUCUCGACAAGGUCUGGAGAGCCCAUGCAGUCAAGGGUCACUGCUAUAGAGAGCUACAAGCAGGAAGGGAGAGUGUUGUAAAUACGUGUAAACAUGAUGAUGUUCUUUUGUUUUGUUCACCCAUAGUGGUACUACAAAUUUGUCCUCCUUGUUUUAUUUUGCUAAUAAUAAUUUUAUUAUGCCAGUAAAUAUAUUUUAUCGUCUCCAUUCAUGUUGUAAAUUGCUAUAUUAUUUAGCCACCCCUAGAAAGUGCCACUUUUGGGAUUCUUUUUUUUUUUUUGUAAUGCACUGUUCUGUUUUUUUUGUCUCAAUGUUUGUUGUUUUACUUUGGUUUUAAAAGCACAAUCACUAAACUUUAUUUUAAACCAUUUUAUCUAUUAACCUUUUUGUCUUACUGGCGUGAAUACAGGUAUGACAAAAGAGUCUUGUUAAUCCUGAUGAAGAUGAUGUAGUUAAGGAGAUAAGCUGUUCAUGAUGGGCUUGUUUGGAAAGGAAACUCUCAGCGUUGUCUUGGUCUCCCUUAGUUCCAGUGACAACUUCUAAGAGGGAAACG